GGUGCCAGUAUGUGGGCCAUCACUCCAGAGGAGAGGGGGAAGCAUGAUAAACAGUUUGACUCCCUCACACCCGUCCUCGGCUAUGUCUCAGGAGAGCAGGCCCGGAAUUUCUUCCUGCAGUCUGGCCUGCCUGCUCCCAUCCUGGCUGAGAUCUGGAACCUAGCUGACAUGGAUGGUGAUGGGAAGAUGGAUAGACUGGAGUUCUCCAUUGCCAUGAAGCUCAUCAAACUGAAGCUUCAGGGGCGGGGCUUGCCACCCUCUCUGCCAGUCGUAAUGAGGCAGCCACCCAUCUCCAACGCUGCCUCCACCAUGACAUCAUCAGCACGCUUUGGAAUGGGCUCCAUGCCAAACCUGUCUGUAGGUAUGCCAUCCAUGUCAGCUAUGUCAGCCAUGCCCAUCCUAACGCCCAUCCCGGUCAACCCCCCCAUGCCCUCUGUUCAACCUUUGCUGCCAACACAGAUGACCCUGCCCCUCAUGCCCACCCUGGGAAACCCCGGAUUACCCAAUGGCAAUGCCAACUUCCUCACCCCUUCACCUGUGCCCAGCACCACAGCACUCCCAAUUUCCGGGUUCUCCUCUCCCAUGGCUUUCUCUCCAUCCAUGGGGAUGUCCAAGGCCAACUCUCUACUAGAUCUUGGAUCCAGCAGUUCCAACUCUUCCUCCACCACAUCUUUGACCAGUAACUCUCCUAAGACUGGCUUGUGUGACUGGGCUGUUCCACAGGCGUCAAGACUUAAGUACCGCCAACAGUUCAAUACGCUAGACAAGCUCAUGAGUGGCUACUUGUCAGGACCUCAGGUUCGGAACGCAUUGAUGGCCUCCAACUUGACUCAGACCCAGCUAGCUACUAUCUGGACACUGGCUGAUGUGGAUAAGGAUGGUCAGUUGAGAGCUGAUGAGUUUAUUUUGGCCAUGCACCUUGUUGACAUGGCCAAGACCGGACGCCCAUUGCCCCUCACACUUCCUCAAGACCUGAUACCUCCAUCACUCAGAGGAGGAGGGAAGUCCAGUGAGCUUGUGAAUGGAACGGGGCCCUGUCCGACUCCAGGACUAAUAGAGACAACAGAGGCAGAACCCCUGCAGAAGACCAAGAGCAGUGUGUCCUUUGAAGACAAGCUGAAGGAGAACUUUGCACGCGGGAGUGCUGAGCUGGAGAAACGGCGGCUGGCGCUGGAGGAAGAGCAGAGGAAGGAGAGAGAAAGGAGGGAGAGAGAGGAGAGGGAGGGUCAGGAGAGGAGAGAGAGGGAGGCCAGGGAGCAGGAGAGCAGGAGGAAGCUGGAGGAGGAGAGGCGGAUAGAGAGGCAGAGAGAGAUGGAGAGAAAAAAGGAGGAGGAGAGAUUGAGAGAGCUGGAGAGAAAGGAGGCGGCAAAGCAGGAGCUGGAGCGCCAGCGGAGGGAGGAGUGGGAACAAGGGAAGAGAGAGGAGUUGGGGAAGAGGAGGGAAGGAGAGCAGGAAGAGAUCUCUCGACUCAGAGCCAAAAAGAAGAGUCUAGAGCUGGAGCUGGAGGCUGUGGGCAAUAAGCACAAGCAGAUCUCAGACCAUCUCCGAGAUGCCCAGAGUAAGAGGCGGAUUCAAAAGGCAGAGCUGGACCUUGUCAAUCAGAAGAGGGAUACACGAAUCGCCGAAAUCAACACACUGCAGCUCCAGUUUGAGGACUGGCAGAGGAAACUUUCCCAGCUUGCCCCCGAACAGCAGAGGCUGACUGAAAAGCUACGCAACAUUGCUCUGAAAGACUUCCCCUCGGUAACCUUGGCCUCUGUGUCGGGGGGUGUAGCUGAGAAAGGCAUGACCUGUCGGAGACUCAAGGACCAGCUGGAUGCUCUGGAGAGAGAAACCACCGACAAACUGGCCCAGAUGGAGCAGUACAACAAGGAGCUCAAGUUUGGGGAUAUGGAUGAUUGUGUCCUACGGGGCCUUCUGUCUCUGCUGGCCUGUCUCAGCCAGCUCUUCCUUCUCAUCAAGGAGUUAAGAGAGAAGCAGGGCAGGCAACAAGCCAUCCUGGAUGACCUGCACAGAGUCAAAGAGCAGAAGCUGAGAGAGCUGCAGAGACGCAGGGAGGAGGAGACAGAGAGGAGGAGGAGGGAGGAGGAGGAGGCAGCCAGACAGGCACAGCUAGAAAAAGAGAGGAGAGAACAGGAACAGAGGGAACAAGAAAGGAAGGAGAGGGAGGAGGAAGAAGCUCGGCAGAGGAGACUCCUGGAGGAGCAGAGGGCCAAACAGAGGGAGGAGGAGGAGAGGGAGGCUCAGGCUCGCCUCCUUGCGGCCCAGCUAAAGGCACAGGAGGAAGAGAAGAGACGGAGGGAGGAGGAAGAGGAACGGCACAGGCAGGAGGAGGAGAGGAAACGGAGAGAGGAAGAGGAGGAGGAGAGGAAACACAGAGAGAGGGGAGGACAGCAUCCUUCGUUGACCGCAAAGCGUUCUUCCAACCUGAGCACCUACAGAGCCCUGUACCCCUUUGUAGCCCGCAAUGCAGAUGAGCUGAGCCUGGAGGCAGAUUGUCUCAUUGAGGUGGAUGAGCAGACAGUGGGAGAGCCCGGCUGGCUGUGUGGGAGUUACGGCGAACAGGGAUGGUUCCCGCAGAGCUACGCAGAGAAAUGUCCUGCCCCUCCCAUCUCUCAGACCGCCCCGUCUCUCCCAGGAACUGCUCCGCUGACCCCUUCCUGCCCACCGCACCCUCCCAGCACAGGAAUCCCACACGGGGAGGGGACAAGCCCAGGAAUAAACACCAAUGCCAGCACCGCUCCCCCGAUAUCGGACUCCUCAAAACCCCGGUCCUCUGUUGUUCUACGGGCUCACGCUGUUUCAUCGUGGUCGGCCACCCAGGACACCCUCCUCAACCUGUCGUCCAGCGGUGGUGAUGUCAUCACUGCGCUGCUGAGCUUCUCCCAGGGCGACAUCAUCACUGUGCUGCAGCAAAGAGAAGACUGGUGGCUAGGACAACUGAAUGGGACACAGGGGUGGUUCCCCAAAGGUUACGUCACUCUGGAGCCAGGCGGCAAUACAGAAAUGGAUGCAUUUGAUGCCUCAGACUCUGCUCAGUUAGAGGAGUACGUGGCCCUGUACACCUAUGAGAGUCCGGAGGUUGGGGACCUGACAUUUGUGGAGGGGGAUGUCAUCAUGGUGACAGAGAGGGAGGGGGAGUGGUGGCGGGGGUGUAUCGGGGACCAGGCCGGCGUGUUUCCCUCCAACUACGUCAGACCUGUGGAGCCGGAGACUGCGAGGUCUGGAGGUCCACCUAAGAAGCCUGAGAUUGCACAGGCAGUCACCGCCACCGCGGGCCAGACGCUGCAGCAGCUGAGUUUCUCUCCAGGACAGCUGAUCGUGGUCCUGGCCAAGAACUCCACUGGCUGGUGGCUGGGAGAACUGCAGGCUCGAGGUAAGAAGCGCCAGAGAGGCUGGUUCCACUCCUCCCAUGUUAAACUCCUUGGUCCCUCCAGCGGGAAGUCCACUCCAGCUCCUCUGCCAGUGUGUCAAGUCAUUGCCAUGUACGACUACACGGCAGCCAAUCAGGAUGAAUUAAGCUUCUCCAAGGGUCAACUGAUCAGCGUCCUGGACAAGACCAACCCUGAUUGGUGGAAAGGAGAGACUAAUGGGGUCACAGGCCUCCUGCCGACCAACUAUGUCAAGAUGACCACAGAAUCAGAUCCCAGCCAGCAAUGGUGUGCUGAUCUAAUGACCUUAGACACGAUGACGCCCCAGGAGAGGAAGAGGCAGGGUUAUAUCCAUGAGCUCAUCCAGACUGAAGAGAUCUACCUGGAUGACCUGGAACUGGUGCUGGAGGUCUUCCACAAGCCCAUGUCAGAGUCAGGCCGUCUAACAGAGGCUGAGAUGGGAGUGAUAUUUGUUAACUGGAAGGAGCUGAUCAUGUGUAACACCAAACUGCUCAAGGCCUUGCGUGUGCGUAAAAAGACCGGUGGAGAUAACAUGCCGGUCCAGCUGAUAGGUGACCUAUUGGCCGCGGAGCUAGCCCACAUGCAGCCCUACAUCCGCUUCUGCUCCUGCCAGCUCAACGCUGCUGCCCUGGUCCAGAGCAAGACUGACAACCAGCCUGACUUUAAGGAUUUCCUCAAGAAGAUAGCCACUAACUACCGGUGCAAAGGAAUGCCCUUGUCCAGCUUUCUCCUUAAGCCCAUGCAGAGGAUCACACGCUAUCCUCUGCUUAUAAAGAAUAUCCUGGAGCAUACACCUGAGGGCCACACGGACCGCGGCCCCCUGAGGGAGGCCCUGGAGCGGGCAGAGGAGCUAUGCUCCCAGGUCAACGAGGGCGUGAGGGAAAAGGAGAACUCGGACAGGCUGGAAUGGAUACAGACACAUAUCCAAUGUGAAGGGCUCAUAGAGCACCUGGUCUUCAACUCACUGACCAACUGUCUCGGGCCUCGUAAGUUGCUCCACAGCGGCCGGCUGCAAAAGAAUAAGAGCAGCAAGGAGCUGUGGGCCUUCCUCUUCAACGACUUCCUCCUCCUCACGCACAGCGCCAAACCCUUUUCCUCCUCCUCUCCAUCGGGGUCAGACAAGCUCUUCAGUCCCAAGACCAACAUCCAGCUCAAGAUGUAUAAGACGCCCCUGUUUCUGAAUGAAGUUCUGGUGAAGAUGCCGGCUGACCCAUCCAGUGAUGAGCCACUGUUCCACAUCUCGCAUAUUGACCGUGUCUACACACUCAAGACCGAGACCUUGAACGAGAGGACAACGUGGGUUCAGAGAAUCAAAGCAGCGUCUGAACAUUUCAUAGAGACUGAGAAGAAAAAGAGGGAGAAGGCCUACCAAGCUCGUUCUCUGAAGACCAGCGGUAUUGGUCGACUGCUGGUGACCGUCACUGAAGCCCAGGAACUUAAGGCCUGCAAGCCCAAUGGCAAGAGUAAUCCAUACUGUGAGCUAACUAUGGGGGCUCAGUGCUACACGUCUCGACCCGUCAGCGACACUCUCAACCCAAAGUGGAACUUCAAUUGCCAAUUCUUCAUCAAAGACCUCUACCAAGAUGUGCUGUGCAUCACAGUGUUUGAGAAGGAUCAGUUCUCGCCAGACGAUUUCCUGGGUCGAACUGAGGUUCCUGUGGCAACCAUAAAGAAGGAAAUGGAGAGCAAAGGUGCCGCAAACCGUCGUCUAUUGCUCCACGAAGUCCCUACUGGAGAGGUUUGGGUCAAAUUAGACCUGCAGCUCUAUGAACAAAUAAAAUAAAAAUCAACACACACACACACACACACACACACACAC